GAGAAGGAAUGAAAGCGAGACAGACCAGUAGAACAAGACAGAGCAUGUCGGAGGAGCUGGAUUGGAAGUUUUUGCGUUUUUGUCAUUUUGACUAAACAGGAGAGUUUAAGCGGCUGAGUUAUUAUACAUUCUCAAUUCUCCCACAAGAUAAGUUGCUCAACCCUGGUCCGCAAUGAGCGCUUCUGCAGGGACGGGGGUGUUUGUGCUCUCCUUGAUGUCCAUCCCCAUCUGCUAUUUAUUUAAUUCCCUCAUAUACAGCAACAGUGCUGAAGCUUUCUUCUUCGCUGGGUGUUCAACAGUCCUCAUCCUGUCCAUUUCAGCCCGGUUUAUGCUCAAGAAGAAGGCUCCAGUAGAUCCUCUUUUCUAUGUGUUUGCAGUGUAUGCAUGCCUCAGUGUGGUGAAUCUGAUCGUAGGGCUGGAGCAGGACAACAUCAUUGAUGGAUUCGUGACAUUUUACCUCAGAGAGGCAAAUCCACAUAUUAAUACAGCACAUGGGCACAUGAUCUCCUAUUGGGAUGGCUGUGUGCACUAUCUCAUGUAUCUGGUCAUGAUUGCUGCGAUUACUUGGGGGGACUGUUACAGAGACGUUGGACUCUACUGGGUGGGAUCUUUUCUUACGCGUGCCAUAGUCUACAUUCUUGGAAAUGCUGUGGGUAAAUAUGGGACCCACGUUAGCCCUCUCUUCCUCCUCCACAUGCUGUAUGUCUGUGUGUCAGUCUGGGCCUGCUUCCGUAUCUUCAGCCAGCCCUCCACACAGGAUGUUCAGUUGACAGAUGCCAACAGAAAAAGUAUACUUCACAGACCUCUGGACUUACUGUUCAUCAUCUACCUCAUUCCUGCUUUUGCUCUCUGCGUCUUCAGAGGCCUGAUUGUUCUGGAUUGUUCCAGCGAAUGGUCUCAAGCUUACACACAACAGUAUGAGCCUUACCUCAAAGACCCUUCAGCUUAUCCUAAAAUACAGAUGCUGGUGAGCCUGCUGUACUCUGGACCAUAUUACAUCAUGACUCUUUAUGGGCUGAUGGUCCCAGGAUGUGAGUGGAUGACGGAUCUGACUCUAGUGCACUCGGGAGCACUGGCACAGGCCCAGUUUGCUCAUAUUGGUGCAUCACUUCACACACGGACGCCGUUUUCCUACAGAGUGCCUUCUGGUGGCCAGCCUGUCUUCUUGCUGGUCAAUAUCCUGUACGCCAUUGUUCCUCAGGCUCUGUGCUACCGCUGCUGCAACAGGCCUGCCUUCUUCCUCAGGCCAAUUCUAGAAAAGAAGACUGAAUGACAGAGAGUGUCACAGAGAGAGAGAGAGAGAGAGAGAGAGAGUGAGUGUGUACCAGGGAUGUCCAGGAUGCCUGAAUAAAAUGCUGAAGUACUUGUAAAGGGCCGCUCUAUUUGCAGUUAUUAGCCAGUGCUAUUUUUGGAAAGGGAGCUUCCACCUUUGACCCUAACGAGGGAAGUGGAGUUAUUGGAAACAUGUCAAAAUACUGCAGUGUCAAACAGAGUUUGUGUCAUCUAGCAUUUAUGUCCUUUAGCUUAUUUUGAAAAAAUGUGAAGAUAUAAGUGUGUUUUUAUACAGUGUCACAGCACAGAUAAUAGUGCUGUUACACUUGUGUGUGAGAUUCAAACUACUUGACGAUACUUAUUGUUAUUCUAUUUUUUGAUAAUAUUUCUUUGAGUUACAAAAACUGCUUUCUUGACACUGAGGUUUCUGUACAUUAACUUUUUGGUUUGGCAAAUAAAG